ACUAUAAGUUCUGAUUCUUUGGUUAGCGGACGACGGCACACAAGCUUCAUUGAAGGUCAGACGAGCGAAAAUGGUGAACAUUCCAAAGACAAAAAAGACAUACUGCAAGAACAAGGAAUGCAAGAAGCAUACAUUGCACAAGGUGACCCAAUACAAGAAAGGUAAAGACAGUCUCGCUGCUCAGGGAAAGCGUCGUUAUGACCGUAAGCAAUCUGGUUACGGUGGUCAGACUAAGCCUGUCUUCCACAAGAAGGCUAAGACCACGAAGAAGAUUGUCUUGAGGCUUCAGUGCCAAACCUGCAAACACUUUUCUCAGCACUCGAUCAAGAGGUGCAAGCAUUUUGAGAUCGGUGGAGACAAGAAGGGGAAGGGAACAUCUCUUUUCUAAGCUUGUCUUGUCUUAACUUUUUGCAAGUUUUGUUACUUGUGUCGGAUCAUGAUUCCUUCUGUUUUAAAAUCUUCCAUUGCCCAAAUUAAAAUUUCAAAUUAUGCAUGUAAAAGUGAGAGACUUUUUCAGAUGUUCUUUGCUCUAUGAUGUCAUUAUUUAAACAUUUUUGCUGCAAA